GGGCCGCCCCGCGGGGCGGGAAGCGGGCGCGGGGCCGCGCAGGCCCGGAGGAGGCCCCGGCCCCCCGCUCCCGGCGGGCGCGGCCAGCGCGGCUCGGGGCGAUGGGGAGCCGCAGGCUGCUGCCGCUGCUGCCGCUGCUGCUGCCGCUGCUGCGGCCGGCGGAGUCGGCGGAGGCCGUGAGCGCCGAGCGGAGCCUGGCGUGGGGCCCCGGGCUGGAGGCGGGGCUCACCCUGCCCGUGCGGUACUUCUACAUCCAGGCGGUCAGCGCGGCCGGGCGCAACUUCUCCCGCUCCCCGCCAGGAAAAGCACAGUUUAAAGUGGCAAUUAAAGCACUUUCUCCAAAAGAAGUCACCAGAAUUUACACCCCUCGCCCUUUGGAUAGAAAUGAUGGCACAUUUCUUAUGCGGUAUCGGAUGUAUGGGAGUGUCAGAAAAGGGUUAAAAAUUGAAAUAUUUUAUGGUGAUCAGCAUGUAGCUCAAUCUCCUUAUAUUUUGAAAGGACCAGUUUAUCAUGAAUAUUGUGACUGUCCUGAAGAAGACCCUGUGAUCUGGCAGAACAUUAUGUCUUGUCCAUCCCAAGAACCUCAGAUUACAAAGGACUUCAUUUCUUUUCCCACCAUUGACCUCCAGCGAAUGCUUAAGGAAAUCCCAACAAAGUUCAGUCAAACAAGAGGUGCUAUUGUUCAUUACACUGUUCUCAAUAAUCACAUCUACCGUCGCUCCUUAGGGAAGUAUACAGACUUCAAAAUGUUCUCUGACGAAAUGUUCCUGUCACUAGCAAGAAAGGUUCAUCUUCCUGAUGUGGAGUUUUAUCUUAAUGUUGGAGAUUGGCCAGUUGAGUAUCGGAAAGCUAAUGAUACACCUGGUCCUAUACCUGUCAUUUCAUGGUGUGGCUCUGUGGAUUCAAGAGAUAUAGUCCUUCCAACCUAUGAUGUAACCCACUCAACUCUUGAAACACUACGUGGAGUCACAAAUGAUCUCCUUUCUAUUCAAGGAAAUACAGGCCCGUUCUGGGAAAACAAAACUGAGCGAGCGUUGUUUAGAGGUCGAGACAGCCGAGAAGAACGUCUCCAUCUUGUCAAGUUAUCCAAGGAAAAUCCAGAACUACUAGAUGCUGGAAUAACAGGAUAUUUCUUCUUCAGAGACAAAGAAAAAGAGCUGGGAAAGGUUCAGCUGAUGGGCUUCUUUGACUUCUUUAAGUACAAAUACCAAGUGAAUGUGGAUGGCACCGUAGCAGCUUACAGGUUUCCAUACCUCUUGCUGGGAGAUAGCCUAGUAUUGAAGCAGGAUUCCCAGUACUAUGAACACUUCUAUAUUGGAUUAAAACCUUGGAAACAUUAUGUUCCAGUUAAGAGAAACUUACAGGACUUGCUAGAGAAAAUAAGAUGGGCUAAGGAAAAUGAUGAAGAAGCAAGAAAAAUUGCUAAAGAAGGACAAUUAAUGGCAAGAGAAUUACUUCAGCCUCACAGGCUUUACUGCUACUAUUAUAAAGUGCUCCAGAAAUAUGCCAAACGCCAAGCCAGCAAACCUGAAAUACGGGAUGGAAUGGAACUUGUACCGCAGCCUGAUGACAGAGACUCAGUAUGCAGUUGCCACAGGAAAAAACCUUUAAGGGAAGAUCUAUAACUGUACCGGAUGGAGAAAAUCACCCACCUACAAUGCAAGAAUUUAAAUAGGAAUUAAGCUGUGAAAUUCAAGACACUUAUGCACUAGCAAACAUUCUUAGUUAUGUAUUCUUCUUGUAUUUACAUACCCUUUUUCACACUGGCUUUGAUCUACAACGUUGGUUCCCACAAUUUCAUCUCCAUGACCACCACCAGACAGAUACUGAGCCUGUAAUGGGGAGCGUCUAGGGGAUUUGUUUGAUGUACUGCAUCAUCAGGAAGAAGAGCGCAGUGCUGCUUGUGUUUCAGUGGGACCUAGUUACCACAGUUUUAUGAGGAAUCAGUCAUCCACAAAAGAUCUUCCAUGAGUCAGUGCAAGUUAUUCUGAAGGAGCAUUUGCAACAUACUAAAAGAGUGUUAUGAUUUCUUCAUAAAGUUUACCUCAUUGUUAGAUUAUUUCUUGUAUACAAAACAAUUUUCUUACUAGACAAAGAAAAUGAAUAUUUGAGAUUUACAGAUAUCAAAUCUGGUGUUGCUCUGAGAUUAUUUUGUGGUCUAUGACAGAUAACAGAAUAAAGAACGUGAUAUAAUAUUUACCAAUUUCAGAGGAAAACGAAGGGGGGGAGAGAUCAGAAUAAUAUUGUUAUAAGCACCAUGGCUGUGAAUCACCAAAAUUAAAUGCUUCUUUAAAGCAGACUGUGGAGCUAUCAUGACCGCGGUGCUUUGAGUGCCAAGACACCACUCUGAAUACUGUUCCGUGCCAAUCACUGUGUCUGUGAAUAUAGGCACAGAUCCACAAAAGGACUUAGGAACUUCAGGUAAGGCCAGGUGAAAUACUGGUGUCUUAGUUCAACAAUACAGUCUACAGUAUUCUAGGUUACCUGAGUAUUCACACAUCUGAAAUUUGUUAGUAGAGCUAAGGAUGCCACCAUCUUUUUCACUUGGGUUCAUGGACUACUUUUUCCCGUGCCUAAGUCCCCAGAGAGAUUUUAUCCAUUUUCUGAAUUAAGAUCAUACCUAACCUUAUACUGAGAUCAGACCGCAGAUUAGACUUCACUGUUUUGGUUCAAAUACGACAGAAAAACCAGUGCUGCACUUUCUAUGUAAUAGUCUAGUGGUUAGAGAUCAUUCUAAACAACUGGGAAGCCAGCUGUCCUCCUUGGUUUGAUUCAAAGUCAUUUUUCCAGAGAGUGCCUUAGCUCCAGACUGGAGAAGAGGUCUUCAGGUCUUCCACUGAAGUUGUGCAGCCAUCAGGCUAAUAAUACAAAAUUCACAGGGCCAGAAGGAGCUGGUCAUACCACUGCAAUAAAGUGUGCCUUUGGGUGAGGUGGAGGAAAAUCCUAGUCCUGGAUGUGGCUUCCAAUACCUCUGUUAAUUUUUGCCCAAGUUUGUCUACUUCAAAAAUGCAUAAACAGUCACAGGAGGAGACACCAAUACCAAGACCAAGACCAAUGCCCACAAGCACCUGUUUCUGACCUCUGCCUUUUCGUCUUGGCUAAUAUAGCCUGCCUGAGCGGCUUCCUACUCAGCUACACUCAGAUAAUGUCUUUCAUGGAUACCAAAUUCUUCCUAUGCAAAAAGGAAUGGAAACAUCUUAAGAGCGUGGACUCAUUUAGUUGCUUAGGUGCCCAAAGUUUGCUCUACCCCUCAUGCAGGCUUCAUUCUUGGUUCUACACCGCAAGUUACUGUCAUAAAAUGCAUAAAACAGAAUGAGAACAGGAAGAAAGACUAGAUUUUUUCAGUAUGCUAAAUGUGGAAAGAACUUCAGAUUUCUAAAGAGGUUAAUGCAACUGUCUGCCAAUUAAGAAAAAAACUGGAACAUGUUGCUCUACCCAUCAUCCUCUUUGUUCUGGUUCUAACACUAAUAUAUAUAGUGGUUGUAUUUUUAUUUAGCACGACAAUCAGUCCUAGAACUUCAGACUAUAGAUAUAUGUUCAGCUCAUCUGGCAUAAAAUUAUGUACAUCAAAAUUCAGGAACAGGGUUCCAAUGCCGAACCUGACACUUAAAACUGAGUGUGUGCUCCUCUUUCCUUCUCUCUGUACAGUCAUUUUAAUUGUAUGAUAUGAUCUUAUUUUGUGAUAUUAUCCAUUAUACCAUGUGCAUUUUAUAUUCA